AUGGGAGUGUUCAACUGCAGUGCCGAGGUCACGUCCUCCAUCCCCACGGCCAAGGCGUUCGAGGCCAUCGUCGACGACAAAACCUGGCGCUCAUCGCCAGGGUCCUCCUACCUGUCCUCAAGAGCAUCAAUUCCAGCAAAGGCAAUCGGGACAGGACAGUACUGCUACACGAUCAUUGAGGGCAACGUGCUAGGCACCACCUUAGAGAAGAUAAACUUCAAGAUGAAGAUCACCACGUCGCUCGAUGGAGGCUCGGUGUGCAAAAACACGUGCACGUACUUCGCCAAGAACGACGCGGACAUCAUGGAGUGA